AUACUCUAUACAUAACAAGAACACGUUUUUAACUUAGAAUUCAAAUAAAAAUCCAUUCCGGCUGAAUGAACUAGAUUUUAUCGACACAAGCCAUCACUACGCCACCCAGUCCUCUCCCCAACCACGAUGGGCGCAUACAGCCAGCCGCGCUGCGGCUAAAAAUAGUAAUAAAAAAUACUACAAUCACAAUACAAGAUUUGUAAGAACAUUAGUGACGUGUAAUGAGUGUUGUGCUUUAAAAUGGGCGUGGAUAGCUUGCCGCAGAGGCCGAAUCUGCAAAUCGAGGCAGGAGCCGGCGAGGGUCCUGGUCCUCCAGUCAACAACAACUCGGAGGGCGCGGUGGCCAGCCCUCCGAGAGACGACAACCACAACGCACAGCCGCAGCCUCCCGUCACUCCCAGAGCCAGACCUCUCACGCCAGCUGAAGCUUUGAAGCUAUACGGCGAACGGCUAUCGGAGUGGGAGAGGAACGAGGUUCGGAAGUACCCGGAGGUGUGGUUCCUGGGCCUGGAGUCCAACAAGGUGCAGGCGAGGGCCAACCUGCCCAACAACUGCGGGUUCGAUGACGAGAACGGGAGUUACAACAAGCAAAUCCACGACCACAUAGCCUACCGAUACGAGAUCCUCGAGGUCAUUGGGAAGGGAUCCUUUGGCCAGGUGAUCAGAGCCCUGGACCACCGCACCGGGAGCCAGGUGGCCAUCAAGAUCAUCCGCAACAAGAAGCGCUUCCAUCACCAGGCGCUGGUGGAGGUCAGGGUCCUCGACCAUCUCAGGCUGAAGGAUAAAGACCAAGCGCACAAUGUCAUACACAUGCUGGACUAUUUCUAUUUUAGAAAUCAUCUGUGCAUCAGUUUUGAGCUUAUGAGCAUCAACUUGUACGAGCUGAUCAAGAAGAACAACUACCAAGGGUUCAGCCUGAGCCUCAUCAGGCGGUUCGCGAGCUCGCUGCUCAGGUGCCUCAGGCUGCUCGAGGGAGAGAACAUCAUACAUUGUGAUCUGAAGCCGGAGAACAUCUUGCUGAAAGCGCGAGGCAGUUCAUCCAUCAAGGUGAUAGACUUCGGCAGCUCGUGCUACACGCACGCGCGGGUGUACACCUACAUCCAGUCGCGCUUCUACCGCAGCCCGGAGGUCAUCCUCGGCCUGCAGUACGGGACCCCCAUCGAUAUGUGGAGCAUGGGUUGCAUCCUAGCGGAACUCCACACGGGCUACCCUCUGUUCCCGGGCGAGAACGAGUCGGAACAACUCGCUUGCAUCAUGGAGCUGCUCGGGCCGCCGCCACCUGACCUGCUACUCCAUGCCACCAGGAAGAGGCUGUUCUUUGACUCGAAGGGCUCCCCCCGCAGCAUCACGAACUCCAAGGGCCGCAAGCGGCGGCCCGGCACGCGCACGCUCGCCACCAUCGUGCGCUCCGACGACCCCGCCUUCCUGCACUUCCUGCACCGCUGUCUCGAAUGGGACCCAAAGCGACGGAUCACCCCUACGGAGGCAUCUCGCCACGAGUUCGUGACGGGCUGCCCGCUGGGCUCGGCGCUGGGCUCGGCGCCGGGCGGCAUGCUGGCGCUGCCCCGGCUGGCGCCGCCGCGGCCCUCACGCGGGGCCCUGCUGCACUCGCAGUCCGCCGGCGACGUGGCCGCCAUGCUGGGCCGCGCGUGACCUCGCGACCCCUGAGCCAGGACUGGCUUGCGGUAGACAGCUUCUUCUGUAGUGUAGACACUCCGGUGUGGCCUCAAUGUUUAUUAUCACUUUAUAUUCGAUCUCUUUUUUACUGACUUCUGAAUUCGGUUGUUUCUUUUUUUGGUUUCGUUCGUAUAUAGGAAAACAAAACGUGUUUAAGUACAUUUCGUUGUUUGUUAAUAGAUUUUCCUAUGAAUAUGCUGACCUACAUAGAUGUAAGGUUUACGUACAAUAGUUUUAUUAUAUCAUAGUCGUCAUACCGCAUAGGAUCAGCCGUUAAUGUCUUAAGUGAGAAAAAACUACAUUUUAGUCCAUGUUUAGUGUUGUUACAUAAAGUAGACACCUCAAAACCAUCUCUAAAGUUUUUGAAACAUAAACAAAAUUUAAAAUCAUUUCCAAAGUGUAAUAACGGUGUUAUCCAAAGAGUAUAUCAUCACCGUUACCUAACCAACAUGACGUGGCUCGAUUUUAAUUACCCGCACACGAAAGAAAGUCUUCAUUUAAAGAGAUGUACCAACAAAACCUUGACCAUUCACACAGAAAACGCAAUGUAUAACGUACCGAAUUGAUUGACACUUACUGCCGAAUUAACUCUUGCUUUAUAAUUAACAGCCUUGGAAAUAUCAACUUUGAACACAAUCGGAUCGUUUCCUGAUAAAAGUGACGAAAUUAAUACGUACUCCAAGGAAAAGGUCUUGAGUCCAUUGAAAGUAUUUCAUUCUCUAUGAAGCUUUAAUUGGCCUCCUAUUGUACCGAAAACACGCAGUCUUCUACUAGAAAAACAAAUGAAAAUUAAUUGUACUCCCAUGUGUAUCCAAUUUCUACUAUAAACUCAAUAGACUUUCGUUGUCAGACCGUAAGUCAAAUCAUGAUGCUUUAAUAUGUUACGCUGAUAUCGACGUGAUAAAGAGAUGACAACAGUUCAUAUCUAUCACUAGCGGUUGCCCGCGACUUCGUCCGCGUGGUUAGAAGAUAUAAGUUGUGAUUUAUA